AUGGAAUUGGUAAUUGGAUGUCGCUACAAGUUUGGCAAGAAGAUUGGGGAGGGCACAUUCGGGGAGAUUUUUAUCGGUACGGAUAUACAUUCGGGAGAAGAAGUUGCGAUUAAAGUGGAGCACGCGACGAGGAGGAAUCCUCAGCUACCUUAUGAAUAUAAAAUCUAUACUCUUCUCCGCGGGGGUAUCGGAAUUCCAAAUGCAUAUUUCUAUACCCAAGAGAGAUGCUAUAAUAUUCUGGUAAUGGAUCUUUUGGGGCCCAGUCUGGAGGAUCUGUUCAACUACUGUAAUCGUAGGUUUUCUCUGAAAACGGUGUGCAUGCUCGCUCAAGAGAUGAUCAAGCGCGUUGAAUAUAUACAUAGCAAGAACUUCAUUCAUCGUGACAUUAAACCAGAUAAUUUUGUUGUGGGCCUGAAAAGGAACGCCAACAUCGUUUUUUUAUUGGACUAUGGCUUGAGCAAACGAUACUGUAAUCCUGUUACGAAAGCUCAUAUUCCAUACCGGGAGAACAAGAACCUGACGGGGACUCCUCGGUAUGCCUCAAUAGCCAAUCACCUAGGAAUCGAGCAGAGCCGUCGAGAUGAUCUGGAGUCUUUGGGAUAUGUGUUCAUGUACUUUCUGCGAGGAAAACUUCCCUGGCAAGGACUUCAGGCGGCAAACAAGCGCGAGAAAUACACCAAGAUUCUUCAGCGUAAGAUGGAAGUUUCAUUCGAAUACCUCUGCAAAGACUAUCCCGAAGAGUUUCUCAUGUACUUCGACUACUGUCGUGCUCUUCGCUUCGACGACUGCCCCAACUACGCCUAUCUCUACUCUCUUUUUCGCAAUGUCAUGGUCCGCAAUGUUCGUUUUGAUUGGCCCCGAUUCUGGGUAGAAAAUGGAGGACGAUGGAGUGUACGACUGGAUGGUCAACACCGACAAGCACGCCGCGAUGGUUCUCCCUUCUCAUUGCCUCGGACCCGACGGGAAGAUCCGCCCAGACUUACUCACCGCGGCGCUGCCGAGCUAUCGCCACUCGCUGACUGUGGAGGACGCGCAGCAGUACAGCGAGGAGCGGGAGUUGGAGGCGAGCCGUUUUUUUGGAGAGUCGAUGGAUCCGAAAUUGAGGCAGUACGAUCGAUGGGCAGUGUUGACUCUAGGCGAUGUGCUCCGCACGAGCAUGAAUCAUUUGAACAAGUCACACCGGAUGAUCUAUUCACUGAAGGUGCCGACUACAAAAGUAUUGAGCCCAAUCGAGGAAGCUCUAUUUUUCCUAGCCUUUCUGGGCUGACCCUGGCUACCGGCCGGUUGUGGAUGUAG